AUGGCUGAGGAGGAGGAAACCAGGGAGGUGCUCUUCUCUGACUGGUCGGGUCCAGAGAAACAGGGAAUGACCCUUGAGCAGUCAGGCGAAGGAGAGAUCUAUGUCAAAGAGGUGAAAAUGGAGUCGCCUGCUGGACGCACUGGAAGAGUACACGAGGGUGAUCAGAUUGUGGGCGCCACCAUCUACUUUGACAACAUGAGUUCCAAGGAGACGACGGAGCUCCUCAAGACCCUAAACAAACACAAGGUUGGUCUGAAACUACAGAACAAGGACAAGUCACCAUGCCGCUCCCCCAUGGGCACUCUGUCACCCUGCCGCUCCCCAAUGGGAACUCUGACGUAUGAAGGGAAGGGGAGGUUUGGAGGCUCCAGCCAAGACAGUAUCCUGAGUGGGGAUGAUGAAGAUUACAAGAGAAUAUUUUCCAAGAAGAUUAAGCCCCGGCUGAAGUCUGAGGAUCUGGCGGAGGGCGUGGACGUCCGUACGGAGCGUCACAGCAGCACCAGCACCGACGGCAGCACGAUCACCACCAUCACCCGUCGCAUCACUACCUACACUGUGGACAUGCCAGAGGGCGUGGACGAGCAGCUUGAUCUAACCAGCCCAGAGUUCAAAGGGCAACGGUACGAGCAGUCAGGAGGGGGCAGCUCCUCUCAAAUACGAGUUUUACACGGAAGCGGAAGCCCUUCAGGUAUAGGAGGUGGAUCGGAGGGGGGUGAUUUUGAACUAGGAGGUGAUGGUGUUUCUUUCACUGGGCCGGAUGUAACUAGCUCCUCUGAGAAGCACUGGAGCACUGGAGGGGUGAAGACCACCACUGUUACAAGGCAGAUAGAGGGGGGAGAUGGUGGAGCAGCAGGGAUCAGAUUCAAAGGAUCUAGCUUUGGGAUGCCCGGUACGAAGGGUCAGCGGGAGUUCGGCCUCUAUAGAGGGGGUGAGCAGGGAGACGGUAGCUUUCAGGUUUCAGGUGACUCAGCUGACUACCAGGCAGGAUCAGUCAAUGUCACGGUCCCUGGAAAAACAACAAAUAUUUCAUCCAGCUCCAUAUCAAUGGGUAAAGGGGAGGUGAGAGGAGUAGACGUUCAUUUGCCUGGUAGGGGCAGUGCAGACUGGCAGGGUAGGGCCGGAGGUUCAGUACCUGGAAUAACCAUUAGUGAUCAACAGAUGAGAGGGCCUGGGAGCAUAGGUCUCUCCAGAGGCAACCAGGGUGGGGUUUCCUUACCCAACAUGCCAGGCAUUGAUACAGGCUUGAAUGGGGGCAAGAUAUCAACAGACAUAAGAGCGCCAACACUUGACAUCAAUACCUCAGGCAUGAAGGAGUCUGGCUCAGUGCAAAUGUCUGUAAAAGAAACAACAAUGGAAAGCAAACUCAAAGGUGGCAUCAAAAUGCCAUCAUUUGGACUGAACACUGGAGGUGCAGACGGCGAUGGAGAUGUUAAACUACCGAAGGUAAAGGGUAGUGUAGAUGUUUCGGUACCCGGGGUAGAUGUAGAUUUAUCAGGCGCAUCUAUGAAUAUGAAAGGAGGAAAGACGAUAGGUGGUGUUUCCAUCAAAGCACCCAAAGUAGACAUUAAAGGUUCAGGUGUUGAUAUAGAAGGUCCAGAAGGCGGUUUCAAGAUACCCAAAGUAAAGAUACCAUCAUUUGGAGUUAGAGGAGCCGGACUUGAGGGUCCUGGUGUCGAUGUCAACCUACCAAAAGCUGACAUUGACAUCAAAGCUCCCAAAGUAGGCAUUGAAGGUCCAGAUGUUGACAUUGAAGGUUCAGGAGGAUUUAAGAUGCCAAAGAUGAAGAUGCCCUCAUUUGGAAUCAAAGGAUCUAAAUUGGAGGGUCCAGAUAUUGAUGUCAACCUACCAAAAGCUGACAUUGACAUCAAGGCUCCCAAUGUUGACAUUAAAGGUCCAUCAAUAUCAGGACCAAAGAUCUCAAUGCCCGAUGUGGACUUCAAUCUGAAAGGCCCAAAGGUGAAGGGAGAUUUGGGUAUGUCAGGAGACCUCAAAGCACCCAAAGUAGGCAUUGAAGGUCCAGAUGUUGACAUUGAAGGUUCAGGAGGAUUUAAGAUGCCAAAGAUGAAGAUGCCCUCAUUUGGAAUCAAAGGAUCUAAAUUGGAGGGUCCAGAUAUUGAUGUCAACCUACCAAAAGCUGACAUUGACAUCAAGUCUCCCAAAGUUGACAUUAAAGGUCCAUCAAUAUCAGGACCAAAGAUCUCAAUGCCCGAUGUAGACUUCAAUCUUAAAGGCCCAAAGGUGAAGGGAGAUUUGGGUAUGUCAGGAGACCUCAAAGCACCCAAAGUAGGCAUUGAAGGUCCAGAUGUUGACAUUGAAGGUUCAGGAGGAUUUAAGAUGCCAAAGAUGAAGAUGCCCUCAUUUGGAAUCAAAGGAUCUAAAUUGGAGGGUCCAGAUAUUGAUGUCAACCUACCAAAAGCUGACAUUGACAUCAAGUCUCCCAAAGUUGACAUUAAAGGUCCAUCAAUAUCAGGACCAAAGAUCUCAAUGCCCGAUGUAGACUUCAAUCUUAAAGGCCCAAAGGUGAAGGGAGAUUUGGGUAUGUCAGGAGACCUCAAAGCACCCAAAGUAGGCAUUGAAGGUCCAGAUGUUGACAUUGAAGGUUCAGGAGGAUUUAAGAUGCCAAAGAUGAAGAUGCCCUCAUUUGGAAUCAAAGGAUCUAAAUUGGAGGGUCCAGAUAUUGAUGUCAACCUACCAAAAGCAGACAUUGACAUCAAGGCUCCCAACGUUGACAUUAAAGGUCCAUCAAUAUCAGGACCAAAGAUCUCAAUGCCCGAUGUGGACUUCAAUCUGAAAGGCCCAAAGGUGAAGGGAGAUUUGGGUAUGUCAGGAGACCUCAAAGCACCCAAAGUAGGCAUUGAAGGUCCAGAUGUUGACAUUGAAGGUUCAGGAGGAUUUAAGAUGCCAAAGAUGAAGAUGCCCUCAUUUGGAAUCAAAGGACCCAAAGUUGAGGGAGAUUUUGAUGUCAACCUACCUAAAGGUGACAUUGACAUCAAGGGACCUAAUGUUAACAUCAAAGGUCCAGAACUUGACUUCGAAGGCCCUGAUGGGAAAAUCAAGAAUCCAAAAUUCAAGAUGCCAUCAAUGUCAGGCCCAAACAUCUCAAUGCCUGAUAUGGACAUCAAUCUGAAAGGUCCAAAGGUGAAGGGAGAUGUGUCAGUGCCAAAGCUGGAAGGAGACAUCAAGGCUCCCAAAGUUGACAUUAAAGCACCCAAAGUAGACAUUGAAGGUCCAGAUGUUGACAUUGAAGGUUCAGGAGGAUUUAAGAUGCCAAAGAUGAAGAUGCCCUCAUUUGGAAUCAAAGGAUCUAAAUUGGAGGGUCCAGAUAUUGAUUUCAACCUACCAAAAGCUGACAUUGACAUCAAGGCUCCCAACGUUGACAUUAAAGGUCCAUCAAUAUCAGGACCAAAGAUCUCAAUGCCCGAUGUGGACUUCAAUCUGAAAGGCCCAAAGGUGAAGGGAGAUUUGGGUAUGUCAGGAGACCUCAAAGCACCCAAAGUAGGCAUUGAAGGUCCAGAUGUUGACAUUGAAGGUUCAGGAGGAUUUAAGAUGCCAAAGAUGAAGAUGCCCUCAUUUGGAAUCAAAGGAUCUAAAUUGGAGGGUCCAGAUAUUGAUGUCAACCUACCAAAAGCUGACAUUGACAUCAAGUCUCCCAAAGUUGACAUUAAAGGUCCAUCAAUAUCAGGACCAAAGAUCUCAAUGCCCGAUGUAGACUUCAAUCUUAAAGGCCCAAAGGUGAAGGGAGAUUUGGGUAUGUCAGGAGACCUCAAAGCACCCAAAGUAGGCAUUGAAGGUCCAGAUGUUGACAUUGAAGGUUCAGGAGGAUUUAAGAUGCCAAAGAUGAAGAUGCCCUCAUUUGGAAUCAAAGGAUCUAAAUUGGAGGGUCCAGAUAUUGAUGUCAACCUACCAAAAGCUGACAUUGACAUCAAGGCUCCCAACGUUGACAUUAAAGGUCCAUCAAUAUCAGGACCAAAGAUCUCAAUGCCCGAUGUGGACUUCAAUCUGAAAGGCCCAAAGGUGAAGGGAGAUUUGGGUAUGUCAGGAGACCUCAAAGCACCCAAAGUAGGCAUUGAAGGUCCAGAUGUUGACAUUGAAGGUUCAGGAGGAUUUAAGAUGCCAAAGAUGAAGAUGCCCUCAUUUGGAAUCAAAGGAUCUAAAUUGGAGGGUCCAGAUAUUGAUUUCAACCUACCAAAAGCUGACAUUGACAUCAAGGCUCCCAACGUUGACAUUAAAGGUCCAUCAAUAUCAGGACCAAAGAUCUCAAUGCCCGAUGUGGACUUCAAUCUGAAAGGCCCAAAGGUGAAGGGAGAUUUGGGUAUGUCAGGAGACCUCAAAGCACCCAAAGUAGACAUUGAAGGUCCAGAUGUUGACAUUGAAGGUUCAGGAGGAUUUAAGAUGCCAAAGAUGAAGAUGCCCUCAUUUGGAAUCAAAGGAUCUAAAUUGGAGGGUCCAGAUAUUGAUGUCAACCUACCAAAAGCUGACAUUGACCUCAAGGCCCCCAACGUUGACAUUAAAGGUCCAUCAAUAUCAGGACCAAAGAUCUCAAUGCCCGAUGUGGACUUCAAUCUGAUAGGCCCAAAGGGGAAGGGAGAUUUGGGUAUGUCAGGAGACCUCAAAGCACCCAAAAUAGACAUUGAAGGUCCAGAUGUUGACAUUGAAGGUUCAGGAGGAUUUAAGAUGCCAAAGAUGAAAAUGCCCUCAUUUGGAAUCAAAGGAUCUAAAUUGGAGGGUCCAGAUAUUGAUGUCAACCUACCAAAAGCUGACAUUGACAUCAAGGCUCCCAAAGUUGAUAUUAAAGGUCCAUCAUUAUCAGGACCAAAGAUCUCAAUGCCCGAUGUAGACUUCAAUCUUAAAGGCCCAAAGGUGAAGGGAGAUUUGGGUAUGUCAGGAGACCUCAAAGCACCCAAAGUAGGCAUUGAAGGUCCAGAUGUUGACAUUGAAGGUUCAGGAGGAUUUAAGAUGCCAAAGAUGAAGAUGCCCUCAUUUGGAAUCAAAGGACCCAAAGUUGAGGGAGAUGUUGAUGUCAACCUACCUAAAGGUGACAUUGACAUCAAGGGACCUAAUGUUAACAUCAAAGGUCCAGAACUUGACUUCGAAGGCCCUGAUGGGAAAAUCAAGGGUCCAAAAUUCAAGAUGCCAUCAAUGUCAGGCCCAAACAUCUCAAUGCCUGAUAUGGACAUCAAUCUGAAAGGUCCAAAGGUGAAGGGAGAUGUGUCAGUGCCAAAGCUGGAAGGAGACAUCAAGGCUCCCAAAGUUGACAUUAAAGGUCCAUCAAUAUCAGGACCAAAGAUCUCAAUGCCCGAUGUAGACUUCAAUCUUAAAGGCCCAAAGGUGAAGGGAGAUGUGUCAGUGCCAAAGCUGGAAGGAGACAUCAAGGCUCCCAAAGUUGACAUUAAAGGUCCAUCAAUAUCAGGACCAAAGAUCUCAAUGCCCGAUGUGGACUUCAAUCUGAAAGGCCCAAAGGUGAAGGGAGAUGUGUCAGUGCCAAAGCUGGAAGGAGACAUCAAGGCUCCCAAAGUUGACAUUAAAGGUCCAUCAAUAUCAGGACCAAAGAUCUCAAUGCCAGAUGUAGACUUCAAUCUUAAAAGCCCAAAGGUGAAGGGAGAUUUGGGUAUGUCAGGAGACCUCAAAGCACCCAAAGUAGGCAUUGAAGGUCCAGAUGUUGACAUUGAAGGUUCAGGAGGAUUUAAGAUGCCAAAGAUGAAGAUGCCCUCAUUUGGAAUCAAAGGAUCUAAAUUGGAGGGACCAAAGAUCUCAAUGCCCGAUGUGGACUUCAAUCUGAAAGGCCCAAAGGUGAAGGGAGAUUUGGGUAUGUCAGGAGACCUCAAAGCACCCAAAGUAGACAUUGAAGGUCCAGAUGUUGACAUUGAAGGUUCAGGAGGAUUUAAGAUGCCAAAGAUGAAGAUGCCCUCAUUUGGAAUCAAAGGACCCAAAGUUGAGGGAGAUGUUGAUGUCAACCUACCUAAAGGUGACAUUGACAUCAAGGGACCUAAUGUUAACAUCAAAGGUCCAGAACUUGACUUCGAAGGCCCUGAUGGGAAAAUCAAGGGUCCAAAAUUCAAGAUGCCAUCAAUGUCAGGCCCAAACAUCUCAAUGCCUGAUAUGGACAUCAAUCUGAAAGGUCCAAAGGUGAAGGGAGAUGUGUCAGUGCCAAAGCUGGAAGGAGACAUCAAGGCUCCCAAAGUUGACAUUAAAGGUCCAUCAAUAUCAGGACCAAAGAUCUCAAUGCCCGAUGUAGACUUCAAUCUUAAAGGCCCAAAGGUGAAGGGAGAUUUGGGUAUGUCAGGAGACCUCAAAGCACCCAAAGUAGGCAUUGAAGGUCCAGAUGUUGACAUUGAAGGUUCAGGAGGAUUUAAGAUGCCAAAGAUGAAGAUGCCCUCAUUUGGAAUCAAAGGAUCUAAAUUGGAGGGUCCAGAUAUUGAUGUCAACCUACCAAAAGCUGACAUUGACAUCAAGGCUCCCAACGUUGACAUUAAAGGUCCAUCAAUAUCAGGACCAAAGAUCUCAAUGCCCGAUGUGGACUUCAAUCUGAAAGGCCCAAAGGUGAAGGGAGAUUUGGGUAUGUCAGGAGACCUCAAAGCACCCAAAGUAGGCAUUGAAGGUCCAGAUGUUGACAUUGAAGGUUCAGGAGGAUUUAAGAUGCCAAAGAUGAAGAUGCCCUCAUUUGGAAUCAAAGGAUCUAAAUUGGAGGGACCAAAGAUCUCAAUGCCCGAUGUAGACUUCAAUCUUAAAGGCCCAAAGGUGAAGGGAGAUUUGGGUAUGUCAGGAGACCUCAAAGCACCCAAAGUAGGCAUUGAAGGUCCAGAUGUUGACAUUGAAGGUUCAGGAGGAUUUAAGAUGCCAAAGAUGAAGAUGCCCUCAUUUGGAAUCAAAGGAUCUAAAUUGGAGGGUCCAGAUAUUGAUGUCAACCUACCAAAAGCUGACAUUGACAUCAAGGCUCCCAACAUCUCAAUGCCCGAUGUGGACUUCAAUCUGAAAGGCCCAAAGGUGAAGGGAGAUUUGGGUAUGUCAGGAGACCUCAAAGCACCCAAAGUAGGCAUUGAAGGUCCAGAUGUUGACAUUGAAGGUUCAGGAGGAUUUAAGAUGCCAAAGAUGAAGAUGCCCUCAUUUGGAAUCAAAGGAUCUAAAUUGGAGGGUCCAGAUAUUGAUGUCAACCUACCAAAAGCUGACAUUGACAUCAAGUCUCCCAAAGUUGACAUUAAAGGUCCAUCAAUAUCAGGACCAAAGAUCUCAAUGCCCGAUGUAGACUUCAAUCUUAAAGGCCCAAAGGUGAAGGGAGAUUUGGGUAUGUCAGGAGACCUCAAAGCACCCAAAGUAGGCAUUGAAGGUCCAGAUGUUGACAUUGAAGGUUCAGGAGGAUUUAAGAUGCCAAAGAUGAAGAUGCCCUCAUUUGGAAUCAAAGGAUCUAAAUUGGAGGGUCCAGAUAUUGAUGUCAACCUACCAAAAGCUGACAUUGACAUCAAGGCUCCCAACGUUGACAUUAAAGGUCCAUCAAUAUCAGGACCAAAGAUCUCAAUGCCCGAUGUGGACUUCAAUCUGAAAGGCCCAAAGGUGAAGGGAGAUUUGGGUAUGUCAGGAGACCUCAAAGCACCCAAAGUAGGCAUUGAAGGUCCAGAUGUUGACAUUGAAGGUUCAGGAGGAUUUAAGAUGCCAAAGAUGAAGAUGCCCUCAUUUGGAAUCAAAGGACCCAAAGUUGAGGGAGAUGUUGAUGUCAACCUACCUAAAGGUGACAUUGACAUCAAGGGACCUAAUGUUAACAUCAAAGGUCCAGAACUUGACUUCGAAGGCCCUGAUGGGAAAAUCAAGAGUCCAAAAUUCAAGAUGCCAUCAAUGUCAGGCCCAAACAUCUCAAUGCCUGAUAUGGACAUCAAUCUGAAAGGUCCAAAGCUGAAGGGAGAUGUGUCAGUGCCAAAGCUGGAAGGAGACAUCAAGGCUCCCAAAGUUGACAUUAAAGCACCCAAAGUAGGCAUUGAAGGUCCAGAUGUUGACAUUGAAGGUUCAGGAGGAUUUAAGAUGCCAAAGAUGAAGAUGCCCUCAUUUGGAAUCAAAGGAUCUAAAUUGGAGGGUCCAGAUAUUGAUGUCAACCUACCAAAAGCUGACAUUGACAUCAAGGCUCCCAACGUUGACAUUAAAGGUCCAUCAAUAUCAGGACCAAAGAUCUCAAUGCCCGAUGUGGACUUCAAUCUGAAAGGCCCAAAGGUGAAGGGAGAUGUGGGUAUGUCAGGAGACCUCAAAGCACCCAAAGUAGGCAUUGAAGGUCCAGAUGUUGACAUUGAAGGUUCAGGAGGAUUUAAGAUGCCAAAGAUGAAGAUGCCUUCAUUUGGAAUCAAAGGAUCUAAUUUGGAGGGUCCAGAUAUUGAUGUCAACCUACCAAAAGCUGACAUUGACAUCAAGGCUCCCAAAGUUGACAUUAAAGGUCCAUCAAUAUCAGGACCAAAGAUCUCAAUGCCCGAUGUGGACUUCAAUCUGAAAGGCCCAAAGGUGAAGGGAGAUUUGGGUAUGUCAGGAGACCUCAAAGCACCCAAAGUAGGCAUUGAAGGUCCAGAUGUUGACAUUGAAGGUUCAGGAGGAUUUAAGAUGCCAAAGAUGAACAUGCCUUCAUUUGGAAUCAAAGGAUCUAAUUUGGAGGGUCCAGAUAUUGAUGUCAACCUACCAAAAGCUGACAUUGACAUCAAGGCUCCCAAAGUUGACAUUAAAGGUCCAUCAAUAUCAGGACCAAAGAUCUCAAUGCCCGAUGUGGACUUCAAUCUGAAAGGCCCAAAGGUAAAGGGAGAUUUGGGUAUGUCAGGAGACCUCAAAGCACCCAAAGUAGGCAUUGAAGGUCCAGAUGUUGACAUUGAAGGAUCUAAUUUGGAGGGUCCAGAUAUUGAUGUCAACCUACCAAAAGCUGACUUUGACAUCAAGGCUCCCAAAGUUGAUAUUAAAGGUCCAUCAUUAUCAGGACCAAAGAUCUCAAUGCCCGAUGUGGACUUCAAUGUAAAAGGGCCGAAGGUGAAGGGAGAGGUGGAUGUGUCAUUGCCAAAGAUAAAAGGAGACCUCAAAGCACCCAAAGUAGACAUUGAAGGACCAGAUGUUGACAUUGAAGGUUCAGGUGGAAUUAAAAUGCCAAAGAUGAAGAUGCCCCCUAAAGUCAAAGGAUCCAAAUUCAAAAUGCCUAAAUUUGGAUUCAAAAGCCCCAAGGUAGAGAUACCAGAUGUAGAUAUUAACCUUCCUAAAGCUGACAUUGACUUCAAGGGACCCAGUGUCGAUAUUAAAGGUCCUCAUAUUGACAUUGAAAGUCCUGAUGGCAAAAUCAAGGGCCCAAAAAACAAGAUGCCAACAAUAUCAGGACCAAAGGUCUCCAUGCCUGAUGUGGAUUUCAACCUAAAAGGUCCAAAGAUGAAAGGAGAUAUCAAUAUACCAGUCCCCAAGAUCGAAGGAGACUUCAAAGGUCCAAACCUAGACAUGGAAGGUCCAGAUGGAAACCUCAAAGCACCCAAAGUAGACAUUGAAGGUCCAGAUGUUGACAUUGAAGGUUCAGGAGGAUUUAAGAUGCCAAAGAUGAAGAUGCCCUCAUUUGGAAUCAAAGGACCCAAACUGGAGGGGCCAGAUGUUGAUGUCAACCUACCUAAAGCUGACAUUGACAUCAAAGCUCCCAAAAUUGAUAUUAAAGGUCCAGAACUUGACAUUGAAGGUCCAGAUGGUAAAAUCAAAGGGCCGAAAUUCAAGAUGCCAUCCAUAUCAGGCCCAAACAUCUCAAUGCCUGACAUGGACUUCAAUCUGAAAGGCCCAAAGGUGAAAGGAGAUUUGGAUAUGUCAGGAAACCUCAAAGCACCCAAAGUAGACAUUGAAGGUCCAGAUGUUGACAUUGAAGGUUCAGGAGGAUUUAAGAUGCCAAAGAUGAAGAUGCCCUCAUUUGGAAUCAAAGGACCCAAACUGGAGGGGCCAGAUGUUGAUGUCAACCUACCUAAAGCUGACAUUGACAUCAAAGCUCCCAAAAUUGACAUUGAAGGUCCAGAUAUUGACAUUGAAGGUCCAGAUGGUAAAAUCAAAGGGCCGAAAUUCAAGAUGCCAUCCAUAUCAGGACCAAACAUCUCAAUGCCUGACAUGGACUUCAACCUGAAAGGUCCAAAGCUGAAGGGAGAUUUGGAUAUGUCAGGAAACCUCAAAGCACCAAAAGUAGACAUUGAAGGUCCAGAUGUGGACAUUGAAGGUCCAGAUAUUGACAUUGAAGGUCCAGAUGGUAAGAUCAAAGGGCCGAAAUUCAAGAUGCCAUCCAUAUCAGGACCAAACAUCUCAAUGCCUGACAUGGACUUCAACCUGAAAGGUCCAAAGCUGAAGGGAGAUUUGGAUAUGUCAGGAAACCUCAAAGCACCAAAAGUAGACAUUGAAGGUCCAGAUGUUGACAUUGAAGGUUCAGGAGGAUUUAAGAUGCCAAAGAUGAAGAUGCCCUCAUUUGGAUUCAAAGGACCCAAACUGGAGGGGCCAGAUAUUGAUGUCAACCUACCUAAAGCUGACAUUGACAUCAAAGCUCCCAAAAUUGAUAUUAAAGGUCCAGAACUUGACAUUGAAGGUCCAGAUGGUAAAAUCAAAGGGCCGAAAUUCAAGAUGCCAUCAAUAUCAGGACCAAACAUCUCAAUGCCUGACAUGGACUUCAACCUGAAAGGUCCAAAGCUGAAGGGAGAUUUGGAUAUGUCAGGAAACCUCAAAGCACCAAAAGUAGACAUUGAAGGUCCAGAUGUGGACAUUGAAGGUUCAGGAGGAUUUAAGAUGCCAAAGAUGAAGAUGCCUUCAUUUGGAAUCAAAGGACCCAAAGUUGAGGGAGAUUUUGAUGUCAAUCUACCUAAAGGCGACAUUGACAUUGAAGGUCCAGAUAUUGACAUUGAAGGUCCAGAUGGUAAAAUCAAAGGGCCGAAAUUCAAGAUGCCAUCAAUGUCUGGACCAAAGAUCUCUAUGCCUGAUGUGGACUUCAACCUGAAAGGUCCAAAGCUGAAGGGUGAUUUGGAUAUGUCAGGAGACAUCAAAGCACCCAAAGUAGACAUUGAAGCACCAAAAGUAGACAUUGAAGGUCCAGAUGUUGACAUUGAAGGUUCAGGAGGAUUUAAGAUGCCAAAGAUGAAGAUGCCCUCAUUUGGAUUCAAAGGACCCAAACUUGAGGGGCCAGAUAUUGAUGUCAACCUACCUAAAGCUGACAUUGACAUCAAAGCUCCCAAAAUUGAUAUUAAAGGUCCAGAACUUGACAUUGAAGGUCCAGAUGGUAAAAUCAAAGGGCCGAAAUUCAAGAUGCCGUCCAUAUCAGGACCAAACAUCUCAAUGCCUGACAUGGACUUCAACCUGAAAGGUCCAAAGCUGAAGGGAGAUUUGGAUAUGUCAGGAAACCUCAAAGCACCAAAAGUAGACAUUGAAGGUCCAGAUGUUGACAUUGAAGGUUCAGGAGGAUUUAAGAUGCCAAAGAUGAAGAUGCCCUCAUUUGGAUUCAAAGGACCCAAAGUUGAGGGAGAUUUUGAUGUCAAUCUACCUAAAGGCGACAUUGACAUUGAAGGUCCAGAUGUUGACAUUGAAGGUCCAGAUGGUAAAAUCAAAGGGCCGAAAUUCAAGAUGCCAUCAAUGUCUGGACCAAAGAUCUCUAUGCCUGAUGUGGACUUCAACCUGAAAGGUCCAAAGCUGAAGGGAGAUUUGGAUAUGUCAGGAAACCUCAAAGCACCAAAAGUAGGUGUUGAAGGUCCAGAUGUUGACAUUGAAGGAUCAGGAGGAUUUAAGAUGCCAAAGAUGAAGAUGCCCUCAUUUGGAUUCAAAGGACCCAAAGUUGAGGGAGAUUUUGAUGUCAAUCUACCUAAAGGCGACAUUGACAUUGAAGGUCCAGAUAUUGACAUUGAAGGUCCAGAUGGUAAAAUCAAAGGGCCGAAAUUCAAGAUGCCAUCAAUGUCUGGACCAAAGAUCUCUAUGCCUGAUGUGGACUUCAACCUUAAAGGCCCAAAGGUGAAGGGAGAUUUGGGUAUGUCAGGAGACCUCAAAGCACCAAAAGUAGACAUUGAAGGUCCAGAUGUUGACAUUGAAGGUUCAGGAGGAUUUAAGAUGCCAAAGAUGAAGAUGCCCUCAUUUGGAUUCAAAGGACCCAAACUUGAGGGGCCAGAUAUUGAUGUCAACCUACCUAAAGCUGACAUUGACAUCAAAGCUCCCAAAAUUGAUAUUAAAGGUCCAGAACUUGACAUUGAAGGUCCAGAUGGUAAAAUCAAAGGGCCGAAAUUCAAGAUGCCGUCCAUAUCAGGACCAAACAUCUCAAUGCCUGACAUGGACUUCAACCUGAAAGGUCCAAAGCUGAAGGGAGAUUUGGAUAUGUCAGGAAACCUCAAAGCACCAAAAGUAGACAUUGAAGGUCCAGAUGUUGACAUUGAAGGUCCAGAUGUUGACAUUGAAGGUCCAGAUGGUAAAAUCAAAGGGCCGAAAUUCAAGAUGCCAUCAAUGUCUGGACCAAAGAUCUCUAUGCCUGAUGUGGACUUCAACCUGAAAGGUCCAAAGGUGAAGGGAGAUUUGGAUAUGUCAGGAGACCUCAAAGCACCAAAAGUAGACAUUGAAGGUCCAGAUGUUGACAUUGAAGGUUCAGGAGGAUUUAAGAUGCCAAAGAUGAAGAUGCCCUCAUUUGGAUUCAAAGGACCCAAACUUGAGGGUCCAGAUAUUGAUGUCAACCUACCUAAAGCUGACAUUGACAUCAAAGCUCCCAAAAUUGAUAUUAAAGGUCCAGAACUUGACAUUGAAGGUCCAGAUGGUAAAAUCAAAGGGCCGAAAUUCAAGAUGCCGUCCAUAUCAGGACCAAACAUCUCAAUGCCUGACAUGGACUUCAACCUGAAAGGUCCAAAGCUGAAGGGAGAUUUGGAUAUGUCAGGAAACCUCAAAGCACCAAAAGUAGACAUUGAAGGUCCAGAUGUUGACAUUGAAGGUUCAGGAGGAUUUAAGAUGCCAAAGAUGAAGAUGCCCUCAUUUGGAUUCAAAGGACCCAAAGUUGAGGGAGAUUUUGAUGUCAAACUACCUAAAGGCGACAUUGACAUUGAAAGUCCAGAUAUUGACAUUGAAGGUCCAGAUGGUAAAAUCAAAGGGCCGAAAUUCAAGAUGCCAUCAAUGUCUGGACCAAAGAUCUCUAUGCCUGAUGUGGACUUCAACCUGAAAGGUGCAAAGGUGAAAGGAGAUUUUGAUAUGUCAGGAGACCUCAAAGCACCCAAAGUAGACAUUGAAGGUCCAGAUGGUAAGAUCAAAGGGCCGAAAUUCAAGAUGCCAUCCAUAUCAGGACCAAACAUCUCAAUGCCUAACAUGGACUUCAACCUGAAAGGUCCAAAGCUGAAGGGAGAUUUGGAUAUGUCAGGAAACCUCAAAGCACCAAAAGUAGACAUUGAAGGUCCAGAUGUUGACAUUGAAGGUUCAGGAGGAUUUAAGAUGCCAAAGAUGAAGAUGCCCUCGUUUGGAUUCAAAGGACCCAAACUUGAGGGUCCAGAUAUUGAUGUCAACCUACCUAAAUCUGAUUUUGACAUCAAGGCUCCCAAAAUUGAUAUUAAAGGUCCAGAACUUGACAUUGAAGGUCCAGAUGGUAAAAUCAAAGGGCCGAAAUUCAAGAUGCCAUCCAUAUCAGGACCAAACAUCUCAAUGCCUGACAUGGACUUCAACCUGAAAAGUCCAAAGCUGAAGGGAGAUUUGGAUAUGUCAGGAAACCUCAAAGCACCAAAAGUAGACAUUGAAGGUCCAGAUGUUGACAUUGAAGGUUCAGGAGGAUUUAAGAUGCCAAAGAUGAAGAUGCCCUCAUUUGGAUUCAAAGGACCCAAAGUUGAGGGAGAUUUUGAUGUCAAUCUACCUAAAGGCGACAUUGACAUUGAAGGUCCAGAAAUUGACAUUGAAGGUCCAGAUGGUAAAAUCAAAGGGCCGAAAUUCAAGAUGCCAUCAAUAUCAGGACCAAACAUCUCAAUGCCUGACAUGGACUUCAACCUGAAAGGUCCAAAGCUGAAGGGAGAUUUGGAUAUGUCAGGAAACCUCAAAGCACCAAAAGUAGGUGUUGAAGGUCCAGAUGUUGACAUUGAAGGUUCAGGAGGAUUUAAGAUGCCAAAGAUGAAGAUGCCCUCAUUUGGAUUCAAAGGACCCAAAGUUGAGGGAGAUUUUGAUGUCAAACUACCUAAAGGUGACAUUGACAUUGAAGGUCCAGAAAUUGACAUUGAAGGUCCAGAUGGGAAAAUCAAAGGGUCGAAAUUCAAGAUGCCAUCAAUAUCUGGACCAAAGAUCUCUAUGCCUGAUGUGGACUUCAACCUGAAAGGUCCAAAGGUGAAGGGUGAUUUGGAUAUGUCAGGAGACCUCAAAGCACCCAAAGUAGACAUUGAAGGUCCAGAUGGUAAGAUCAAAGGGCCGAAAUUCAAGAUGCCAUCCAUAUCAGGACCAAACAUCUCAAUGCCUGACAUGGACUUCAACCUGAAAGGUCCAAAGCUGAAGGGAGAUUUGGGUAUGUCAGGAAACCUCAAAGCACCAAAAGUAGACAUUGAAGGUCCAGAUGUUGACAUUGAAGGUUCAGGAGGAUUUAAGAUGCCAAAUAUGAAGAUGCCCUCAUUUGGGUUCAAAGGACCCAAACUUGAGGGUCCAGAUAUUGAUUGCAACCUACCUAAAGGCGACAUUGACAUCAAGGCUCCCAAAGUUGACUUUAAAGGUCCGUCAAUGUCAGGACCAAAGAUCUCAAUGCCCGAUGUGGACUUCAAUCUGAAAGGCCCAAAGUUGAAGGGAGAUUUGGGUAUGUCAGGAGACCUCAAAGCACCCAAAGUAGGCAUUGAAGGUCCAGAUGUUGACAUUGAAGGUUCAGGAGGAUUUAAGAUGCCAAAGAUGAAGAUGCCCUCAUUUGGGUUCAAAGGACCCAAACUUGAGGGGCCAGAUAUUGAUUGCAACCUACCUAAAGCUGACUUAGACAUCAAGGGACCGAGUAUUGACAUUUCACGUCCAGAUCUCAACAUCAGAGGCCCUGAUGCAAAGUUGUCCGGUGGAUCCCUUGAUAUGGGAAGUCCCAGUUUCAGUAUUGACAAACCAGAUGUCAAGUUUCCAAAGUUCAAAGGUCCCACAUUUGGUAUUAGGUCACCUGAAGUUGAAGGACCUGAACUGAAUAUUUAUCAAGGAAAGAUGGAUGUGAAGGCACCUGAGGUUGACCUUAACCUAGGGGAUGCAAAUAUCAAAGGACCUAAAUUCAAGGCACCAAAGAUCCAUAUGGGAGGCAAGAGCCCCAAAUUAGAUGUUAAUUUGCCAGAGGUUGACAGUAGUCUAGAAGCCCCUGAUGUUGACGUUCAUGUCAAAGGAAAGAAAGGCAAAUUCAAACUACCCAAAAUCAAAGGGAAAGCAAAGAAACCUGAUGUUGAUAUUGACCUUGAAACUUCAGGUGUAGAUUUAGAUGUUGACUCUCCUGAGCUUCACCUGAAAGGAGCAAAAGUAAAGAAACCCUUCUUUGGAAAACUUCAUUUCCCCGAUGUGGAAUUUGAUGUAAAAUCUCCCAAAGUUAAAGGUGAUGGCUCUCUGUCUGGUGGCUUGUCAUCUGGGAGCCUACAAGCCAAUAUUGAGGCACCAGAUCUAAACGUGCAAGCCCCGGAUGUAAAAACUAAGUCUAACAUAAAAUUUCCAGGGAUGAAAAUCAAAGGGCCCCAGGUAAAUGUACCUGAUGUCGAUGUAAAUGUGAACAGGAAAAAUCUGAAAGGAGAGGCAAGCCUUUCAGGAGAUUUAAAAGGUCCUAAGAUAGAUAUUGGAGGAGUGGGAGGAGGAGUAGAUGUAGACUCAAAUGUUUCAGGAUACAGUGGACUACAUUUCCCAGAGGGACAUGUAUCAUUCCCCAAAAUCAAUGUUUCAAAGUACCAUGGACCAGAGAUGGGAGAAGAUGUUGAUGCAGGAGCAAGAGCAGGGGCAGGGGCAGCAGUGCGGGGUGGAAAGAUUGAUGUGCAGGCUCCUUCGGUUAGUGGUAGUUCUCCGAGCCUGGAGAUGCACAGUGGUGAGAAAGUAAAGGUCAAGAUGCCAAGGUUCGGUUUUGGCAAGUCUAAAGCAAAGGGAGGUAGUGCAGCGGAUCUUAGCUUCCAGGGGCCGGACGCAGAACUUGGAGCCGGUGGUCGUGGCGGCGUUAAGGGCUCCAAAGAGUUGAGUUUAAGUCAUGGGGAGUUAGUAAGUGGCAAGUUGUCAGUAGAGGGAGGAUCUGGGCUUAGUGUGUCCCCUAAGAGCAAGUCAGCCUCACUGGAUCUUUUUAAGAAAUCAAGGCAUCGGUCUUCCUCUGUGGCGAGUGACGAGGGAGAUCUGGCUGUGUCUUCCCCCUCAAGUCACUUAAGUGCUGAGGGUGGCGACAUCUCUGUAGAUGUUGGGAGGGCCAAGGUGAAAGGAAAGAAGUUAAAGUUUGGCACCUUUGGUGGUUUUGGCUCAAAGUCAAAGGGCUCAUAUGAAGUGCGACUGGGUGAAGAUAGUGAAGAGAGAGUUGAGGUAAGUGGUGUAUCUCUCCCCUCUAAAAAGUCUAGAAUCUCUUCAUCCUCCAGCAGCGACAGUGGGUCUAGAGGUGGUUUCCGUUUCCCAAAACUCGAGUUGUCUGUGUCACCAAAGAAAUGAUGAAUUGUGAGGAUAAUUAUAAACUACUACCCAAUUGUCUGUUCCAUGUACACAACACCCCUAUCUGCUCAAGUUUUUAAAACUUGACAGAUGAGUUCACAUCUCAUCUCAAUGUAACAUUACGUGUGUGUUAUUCCCUUUGGACUUUCUCCACACAUUUGUCUUAUUACAUAUGGGGUAGAUGACAUUGUUCAGACUACAAUUUAACUGUAAAUAAGAUCUGUAUCUGUAUUGUAAUAUUAAGUAUUGUCUUUUGUACAUAGUCAAAAUUUAUUGAAUUUAUUACCAUCUCACCAAAUUCAUACCAAUAGUGCCUCACAUGUUUAGUCCAAGUGUUGCAUUGCACUCUUUUAAAAUGCAUUUAGUUAAGAUUAGGUGUGGUAUUUUUGUAUCCAGGGGUGGUUUUAUUGCACAAACAUAGUUUAGAUUAAAUUGUUAUUUUGAAGAAAAGUAUGUUUAUAUACACAGACAACAACUACUUUUCAUUUUUAUGUAUGAAAUGAUUUACAUUUGUUUUGAAGCUUUGGAUAUAUAAUCGUUGCAGAAGCAUAUUUACUCAACAUAGAGCAGGGCCCUGUAUAACAUUCUAUCAAGAGUGACAAUGCUAUUAGAGACCAUAAUUGAAAAUAAAAGCAAUGUUUAUGUAAACUACAAACUCUAUUAACAGCUGUUAUUAAUCUUUGAGAGAGAGAAUGUACUUUUUUUAAUUAUUUUUUUUUACAUCCAUUUCAUUACUACAAUUUGUCCCUUUUUACUUCAACACAUUUAAUUUGAAUUCUACUCAAAUGGCAAAGUGGUCGAAAUUGUAAAAUAGAACAGCGUAUGCUGAAGAAUCCAUUCGUAUUUUUUUUAUUAUUGUACAAUCAAGAGAUGUAAUGUAAAGAAACAGAAUAACAGAAGCAAAAUUGUGUUUUUAAUGAAGACAUUGUAUUACAUUCAGGUGGAUCACUCUCUCUCUCUCAAUGUCUCUCAAUGUCUCUCUACUUUUCUCCCUCACUGUCUCACUUAAUGCAAGUCUCUGGUGUUUGGUUAUACUAAAGAAAAUAUAUGACUAUCAUGAAAAAGAGUCACGCUGUAUUACUUUUGCACCUUUAGAGGUAAACAAAUAUCUGCAAUGUUAAUAACAGAGAACGAAAGCUGAAAAUGUCCUCGCUUUUAUUUGAUGGAGUUGGAGUUUUGAAUACUAUUUAGAUCUAUUGUGUUUCGUUCUGCAAAAUAAAUCUAAUAAACGGUUAAGAUACCAA